AUGAACACGAGAAGCCGGAGCGGAAGAGGAGCCACGCCAUCGGUAUCCGAGACGACCGCCACCGCCACAGGAACGUCAUCAACGAACACAUCGGAAGAAACGAGCGGCACGACGGAGACAUCGGAGACCUGCACGACCGCGACGAGAACGACGAGGACAGAAGAAAAGAGCAGCUCGACGCCACCUACGCCGAGCACCAUGCCCGCCGACAAGUUGCAGCCAGCGCCGUCACCCGUCGUAGGAUACACAAACGCCGCUUUCGCGGCGCCAGCCGACAACGCCGACGCGCCGACGACCGCCGCUUUCGCGGCGCCAAUAAGCAACGUCAACUUAAAUACAAACGCCGCUCUCGCGGCGCCAUCGAACGUCGCCGUCGGGUCGCCAGCACGCCGCUCGAAGACGCUCCGCCAGGCAUCAGAGGUGCGGUCGCGGCGCUCCGUAGCCUCCCGCAAGAGACUCCUCGCGGAGUUGGAGGCGAAGGAACGCCUAGCCGAACUAAAGCUGGAAGAAGCGAAGGCCGCAGCAGAACUAGAAAAGGCGCGGUUAGAAAGAAUCCGCGCUGAAGAAGAAUCAACAACGGAAGAGGAAGAAGAGGACUACGAACCGGAACGACGGGUCGAGUCGUGGUUGAAACAGCAUUCAAGCCAGCCACUGCCACCCGCCGCCAACCCGACUCGCGAGCUCUCACCGCCACGCUACAUAGCGAAGAACACCGACAACAAGGAAGACCGAGGAUGGGGGGCCCGCCAGGAACAGGACGACGGGCAACGGGAACCGAAGAAAGACCCGCCCACGCGGUCACCAGAAGUUGCGGCAAUUGUAACCGCCUUCAACGAAGUCGCAAGAAGCCAAAGGAAAGUAAUAAGAUACGGCGGUGAACUACCGACGUUCACCGGCUCCAGCAACGAGUGGCUAUCGUUCAAGGCAUCGUAUGAAGAAACUGAAGAGGGAUUCACCGACGGGGAAAACGUCGCACGAUUGAGGAAGGCGCUGAAAGGAGCAGCCCUAGAAGCCGUCACCGCCCUACUCAUAUCACACACCGGACCCGAGAAGAUCAUCGAAGCCCUGCAGAGAAGGUUCGGCCGCCCAGACGCGCUCGUUUUGGGUGAAAUGGAAAAAAUUAAAUCGCUACCACGAGUGUCGGACAACCCCCGGGAUGUUUGCAUAUUCGCAAACAAAAUAGCGAAUAUCGUCGCCACCGUCGAAAUACUAGGAAAACCAGAAUACCUGCACAGCCCGGAAAUGCUGCGGCAGGUGCUCGAGAAGCUCACACCGAUCAUGAAGAAUAAGUGGUACGACUUCGCCGCCGACGAACGAGACAAGACACCGCUACUGAAAAAGCUCGCAGAGUUCCUGAAUAAAGAAGCAGACAAGUGCUCCAGUUACGCUCCGUUAGACACAGAGACGGAGAGGAUAACAAGGAAAAGGACGGAGCGCGCCUACGCAGCAAGCAACGCGAGCGAGCGAGAAACAAGAUGCCCGGUGUGCGAGCGAGAACACAAGCUUAUCGAGUGCCGACAAUUUACGAACAGCGACGUAAAUACACGAUGGGAAAUAGCGAAGAAACAUCGAGUGUGCUUCCGCUGUCUGCGAAGCAAACAUCAACGAGCAACAUGCCGCGCUCGUCCAUGCGGCCUCAACGGGUGCACCAUGAAGCACCACAAGAUGCUCCAUCAUACAAAGACAGCGGAAAAGAAAAAUAAAGAAACGACUCAACCGCAAGCCGAAACGAAGAACGACGAAAAAGUCCUCGUGUCGGCGAUAAACAUCAACAGCGCUACGUCGGAGCAACCUACGCGCCGCCGCGCGUAUCUGAAGAUCGCCCCCAUCACCAUCACGGGGCCGAAAGGAAAAUGCGACACGUACGCGCUGCUCGACGAGGGAAGCACGGUGACCAUCAUAGAAACGGCGCUUGCAGAACAGCUGGGUCUCGACGGGCCACGCGAGUCCAUCACAAUUCAAGGUGUGAAUGGACACGAGAACGAGCACGAGUACAGCAAGAGAGUGAAGGCACGAGUACGAGGACGGCAUGAAGAAAAAGAUUACGUAUUAGACAACGCCCGCACCGUGCACCAACUCCACGCGUUCACGCAGUCCAUCCGCGAAAGUGACAUCGCCCGCUGCAACCAUCUGCACGACCUGCAAGACGACCUGCUGUACGAGAAGGCAACACCGAAGCUGCUGAUCGGACAAGACAACUGGGAGCUCAUUAUAACACGUAAACUACGGCACGGCAAGAGGAGUCAGCCCGUCGCAUCGAAGACACUGUUAGGAUGGGUACUGCACGGCUGCCGUUCAUCGAACAAGCACCCAGUUUUGUUCUGUUCUCAUCUCUCGGAAGCGGAGAAGUCACCCGACACACUCGAAAAUAUGAUGAAGAAAUACUUCGAAUUAGAAUCCAUCGGCAUCGAACCUAAGCGACAGCGCAGCGACCCGGAGCAGCAGGCACUCAACAUACUGGAAAAGAAAAGUCAACGCCUGCCGUCCGGCCGAUAUGAAACCGGACUCCUAUGGAGAGACGAGUCCGCAGAUACACCGAACAACUACGGCGACACACUGAAAAGACUGAAGACAUUGGAAAAGAAAUUGGACAAAGACGGAGAGCUGAAGAGACAAUAUGAGGAAAGAAUCGAAAAUCUACUCUCGUCCGGCUAUGCAGAGAAGGCGCAGACUCCGCCCACCGGCGGGAGAGUGUGGUACCUCCCACACUUUCCAGUGAUCAACCCGGACAAAGCGAAGAUUCGUCUGGUGCACGACGCGGCCGCUAAGUCACACGGCCGCUCUCUCAACGACAUGCUGCUGCCCGGGCCCGACCUACUGCAAUCUCUGCCCGCCGUCAUCAUGAAGUUCCGUCAACAUCCAAUCGCCGUGUCCGCCGACAUCAAGGAAAUGUUCAUGCAGAUAAAAAUUAUAGAAGAAGACCGCGACGCGCUGCGCUUCCUCUGGCGUGGCGACCGACGCGACGACGGGCCGCCCGAUGAAUAUCGUAUGACAUCGCUCAUCUUCGGCGCCUCUUCAUCACCGUGCACCGCGCUCUACAUCAAGAAUAGAAACGCGCAAGAACACGCGAACGAGAGUCCGGCAGCCGCACGCGCGAUUCAAGAGAACCAUUAUAUGGACGACUAUAUACAUAGCUACGCGACCGAAGAUGAAGCAAAGGAGAUAACGGCGCACGUCGAUCGCAUACAUCGAUACGCCGGCUUCGAGCUACGUGGGUGGGCGUCGAACAAAGAAAACGCGACGUGCUUCCGCGCGGCCAACCGAGAGCUCACGGACGCGUGGGCCGCACUUGAAGAAGAAGCAGCAGCCCGCCGCAUCAGCUGGCGCUUCCUUCCGCCGGCCGCCCCAUUCAUGGCCGGCGCGUGGGAGCGCAUGGUACGCACCGUGAAAGAAGCCCUACGCCACACGCUUCACGAGCAGCACCCCAGUGACGAGACGCUCGUCACACUCCUCGCCGAAGUAGAAGCCACCGUAAACUCACGCCCACUCACUCAUGUGGCCGUGACCCCCGACGUGCCGCCCGCCAUCACACCGAAUAUGAUCCUGCUGGGCUCCAACUGUUACGUGCCGCCACCCUGCACCAUCGAAGAAGACCAAACAACAGCGCGCACACACUGGAAGCGCGCGCAACAGCUCGCCGACACCUUCUGGCGACGCUGGGUGCGAGAGUACCUGCCCGUACUCCAACAGCGGCGGGAGCCCCACGCAAGCGGCGCGGCCCCCAAGAUCGGCGACCUGGUCAUCGUGUGCGACUCCAAUCAUCCGAGGAACACGUGGCCCCGAGGACGAGUCAUCGCCACGUAUCCCGGCAAGGACGGCGAGGUACGAGUGGUCGACGUGGAGACCAGCGGCGGCAGAAUCCUCCGGCGGCCCACCAAGAAGAUCGUCGUGCUACCAGUUCGAAUCGCAGAGUGCGACGGCGGGAGAAAUGUGCACGACGAAACGUAA